AUGGUGUCUUGUGACGAAACUAGAAUAGAAUUGGUACCUAUAAUAAAGGAUAAUAAUUACAAAAAUGGUUGCAAGGAAGAAACGGUGACAUUUGUUGAGCAGUAUGUCAAAGAUGUCAAGGAUUUUAGUUCUCAGUAUGGAAGCAAUAUUAACAUCGAGUAUCACAAAGAAGUCUAUCCAAUUAGAGUAUCAAUUUACGAAACCUACAACCCUGGUAGCGUUAUAAAAAUCUCGGCGCGAGAUUCGUACGGACAAUGGCUACUGUUAUGGAGUGGUUUGCCGCAGAAAGUGUCUCCGAAGCCGCGGAUUUUCUCCCCGUCGCUAAAACUCUGCAGCUUCAAAACCAAAGUACUGAGACUGGAGUUCAAUCACUCGCAGCUGGACUACUACACGGAGUUGGACGCCGUUUUGCUAAUCGGGACUACCGAGCUGAUUUUGCCUCACGUCGGGUUCAAGAACCGGAACCUCAGCGCUUUGCUACAGCAGCUCGGUGGUCAUUCUAGUUCCAGUAGUGAUGAUUCGUACAAUCUCACUCCAGACCACACGAAAGCUCACUGUGAUUUGCUUAAGCUUAAAAGAACUUUGUUGUCAAAGCUAGGAUUAAAUUGCCACUGCAUACCGCCAAUUGAAGAAGCUUUCAAUAGCUUACAGCAAUUUUUACAAGAAGAUUUUCCGAAGUUAAUUAAAGAUAUUAAUGUUUCUUCCCAAUCCGUCCAUGAUGUUUCUGCGAAUUCUAAUACUUCGGAUAUCUGCGGAAAUUUUUCAGUCCUGCCGGAUGAAACAGUGCUGAAAAUCCUAAAAAAUUUAGACUUGAAAUCCUUAUGUCGGAUUUGUCGAGUGAAUAAAUACUUCAAUGUGAUAGCGCGAGACGCAUUGCUCUACACGAGUUUGAAUCUGAAACCCUACUGGAAUUGCAUUGAUACGAGUGCCUUGAGUAUUAUUCAGCCAAGGUGCAAGUACUUACAACGGCUUGAUCUAUCCUGGUGUGGGAAUUACGAGUCAAUAACAUCACAGAAUUUCAUUGAUUUUAUGCACUCGUCUGGUUGUUCGUUAACACACUUAAGGCUCAAUUGCUGUCGCUUUGUGAAUGAUCAUGUUGUCAGCGAGAUUUCUUCCGUGUGUAAAAAUCUCAAAGAAUUGUGUUUGCGUAAUUGCACAUCAGUUACCACAGAAGGAUUCGGCAACCUGGACAAAUUACACUGCCUAGAACGACUGGAGCUGUACAGAACUUCAAUAGAAACAGCGGAGCUGUGUUCAAUAUUAAAGAACAACAAAAAAAUUCGCCAUUUGAAUUUAGCCGGCGUAAACGACCGCCUGAAUAUGGACGAAAUUGUUGGAAGGUCCAAACUCUCACGCCAGUCGGAGUACGUGCCCUCACACGUUGUACUAGAUUACGCGAACGGAGGAGUGGGAGCACCCGGCGAUUCACUACGUACCUUUUUGGCCUGCUGUACAUCUCUGGAGAAAGUGUUCCUAUCAGCGCUUCGCGGACUAACAGACCGCGAUAUAGAGCCUCUGCUCCUCUGCCAGCAACUUCAGCAGCUGGAUAUCCUCGGGGCUCGAUCACUCACUUCAGACAUCUGUCUUCGCUUUCUUCUCUGCUGUCCGCAAUUACGUAUGAUGGACCUGAGCUUCUGCGACGCCAUCAGUGAUACUAAAGUCCAGGAAUGGCGACAACUUUAUCCCCACGUUUCAAUAAAACGUAGCUUCCAAGUCAGUUGUCGCGACAUUCCGCGUAAUUAA